AGCCUUAAGAACAGACAUUCCUCAGAUUUGCUUUGCCACUUGCCACUGCAUUUUGACACGGCGCACACCGGAAACAUUUUCGUAGCCACAGCCUUUCAGAGACUCCGCCAUGGCACGAACCAUCACUUCCUCGGAGCUGGCACAGCACCAGAAGCCAGGUGACAUUUGGCUUGCGAUCAAUGGCGAUGUUUAUGAUGACACCUGGCUGAUUUCGAUACGUCCAAAAAUAACAGAAAAUGGGCCGUAAUUUGCACAGCACGUCUGAGGUCUCCAAAUUUGCGCAGCUUCAUCCCGGAGGAGCGAAAGUCUUGGAGGAGGUUGGUGGAAAGGAUGUCACAGAAGAGUUUUACGAACUGCACCGGCAUGACGUCCUUGGGAAGUAUGAACGCCUGAAGGUGGGGAAGCUGGAGGGCGAUCAUGUCAAAGUGACCACUGGCACCAAGGGCGUUCCCUUUGCAGAGAUCCCGGCCUUUCAGGGACAGGAGUCGCCCUUCUACACGGAGUCGCACAAGAAAUUCAUGAAGGGCAUUCAAGACUUUGUGAACGCCGAGCUGGUGCCCAUCGCGGCAGCCGCAGACCUCAAGGGUGAGUAUCCGACCCGGGAAUUGCAAAUGAAACUGGGACAGAGUGGAGUGAUGGCCAGCCGUAUGGGACCUGGACAUUGGAUGGAUGAGCUGGGACAGCUGGGCAUUAGCGUUCCUGGCGGCAUCAAUCCCAAGGAGAUCGACUACUUCCAUGAUGCUUUGCUUGCAGAUGGGAAUUCUUCAACAACCAG